AGCGUCCCACAGUUCCUUUCGGGAAUUUCGACAGUGGAGUGGAGUCGUGUGCUUGGUUUGAGGUCACCACAUUAUUCACUACCACACAGGCAAGGAUAAUUUCGUUGGGACACUAUACGGACGAGAGGGUGGAAUAAAAUCCUUACACAAGGAGUUGCACGGCCGUAAUUUUUUAUUAUAAUUUUUUUUCACUUGUGUCCUUGUAGUCAGCAGCAUAGAGAAAAAAUCCGGAGUGUGGUAUUACGGGAAGAAAGGUUAAGUGUUUUGUGUGAAAUCGCGCGCGACAUUAACCCAUUCCUCACUUCAACUUGAGGCGAGGAAGAAAUCUUAACUUCUUUGUGAUUAAAUUGCAUGUUGCCAAAUAUAUUUUCAUUAUGAACUUCACACCUUUCGGUGGACCAUUCCCAGCUACGAUACCUGGUAUACACCAAUUUACCACUACCGGAACUUUAGUUUCCGCUGCAACUACAGUUCAACAAGAUACCAAUCGCUAUCAAAAUUCAACUGUAAACAUGACACACUUUAAUCAACCCUUAACGACAACUACCACGAUACCGGCAAAAUUUCGUCCGGAUGAUAAUACAGUUGAAACUAAAUACAACGGACACAUUGUAACAGGCCAACAGCAAUAUACGACGAUUCCUUAUAGUCAACCGUCCGAUGAUAAACGCUUGAUUGCAACAGCUAUUUCCUAUCCACAAAGUACAAUAGCAACAACAACCUCAACAGCACCGAUACAAACUCAACAACAGGAAAUUUCCCAGCAGGAUUUGUGCAAUGCGAUACUACAGCAGCAGACUGUUGACACUAAGAGAGUCCUACAGAAUUCAAGUUGGCAGACCUUAACACCAGGAUCCGCAGUUGCUGAUUAUUUGUCGCACCUUCCCGCCAGCACACUACCGCUCUCAUUACACCAUUUCUUGAAGUAUUCAGCGGAAAACAUAAAGAAGGAAGCCACACAACAAACUAUUGAUAUAUCUCAGGCGCAAAUAGGAAUUAACACAUUAGGUGGCACUAUCACCCUGGCACAACACCAACCGAAUACCUUACAACACCAACAACAACAGCAGCAACAUCAACAACAGCAACCACAGCAGAACGGCCAGGCUCAGCAGCAGCAACAACAAACAAAUUGUGUUCCUACAACAGUUUCCUCAGGUGUAACUCAGACAACAACAACUACCACAACAAAAAAGAAGAAGCGGAAAAAGCCUCCGAAGGAGAGGAAACCAAAGCCUCGACCCGGUGAAAUCCGGUUGACCACGGCUCUAGAUGGUAGUCCCUUGUAUUGCUGCCCUGAAUGUCAAGUUGCCUACCCGGAACAAGGACUUCUGGAGCUACAUUUGGUCGGGCACAAUUUGGAACGCCGCUUUAUCUGCGAUAUUUGCAAUGCAGCUCUGAAAAGAAAGGACCACUUGACUCGUCAUAAACAGUCUCACAAUCCUGAACGACCGUUCAUUUGCUCAGUUUGUCUGAAGGCUUUCAAGCGGAAGGAGCAGCUUAGCUUGCAUUUUGUCAUCCAUUCAGGUGAAAAACGACACAUUUGCAAUGAGUGCGGUAAAGGAUUCUAUCGUAAGGAUCAUCUGAGAAAACACACCAGAUCGCAUAUAGCGAGGCGGGUGAAAGCUGAGCUGAGUCUGCAGAACCAAACUACGGUCACAAUAUUGCCUCAGCAAACGCAACAGCAGAACCAACAGCAACAGCAGCAACAACAACAACAGGCUCAGCAACAACAGCAACAACAACAAAUGCAACAACAGCAGCAGGUUCAACAACAACAACAAGUUCAACAGCAGCAACAUCAACUGCAUCAACUGCAGCAGCACCACGGCCAACAAAAUGGCCAGCAACAGCACCAACAACAACAACAAGGUCAAAUGCUGACCUGAGUGUUAAUUCUGAGAUAACCAGAUCCUUGCACGUAAGAAAGGCUUUUCGAGGGUAGGUAAUAUGGAGGGGAGGGGUGGCUUGUUGCGAGAAACUGGUGGAAUUCGCGGCAUAUUAAGUGACAUAGGUAUGUGGAGUGGCGGUAGAGAUUUGGUCCUGGCGUUUUUGUAUCUUUUAUACUUUCUCUUUGUAUUGCCAAAACUUUCAUCAGUAGAGUAGUGAAUUUUGAAUGUGAUACAGGUCUGAAGUCUACAUUCAGGACCAUUUGAUUAUUUGAUGAAGGUUCUACAGCUGAUGGGAGGUCCUGUUUUAGUUUAAUAUCUUUUUCGCUGUUUGAAGUGCAAUAAGAAUGCAAUAUUUGUGCAAAAAAUGUAUCUAAACUGAUAAACUUGGAUUUUUUUGAACAAACUAGAAUUGAAGUUUUGGAUUUAGAGCUUUACGACUCAGAAUUAAGGCCUGCAAAGUUUUAUAAAUUUUUUUAAGGAAGAUAAGGCUUUUGGUGCAAUAUUUUUGUAUAUCCCAUAUUUUGGAAUUGAGGACUGGAUAAUUAUGUGAUUGUAACAGAAGAAGGGGGGGGGGGGGGAGAAAGGAACCAUGAUUUGAAUGAAGGAAUGCCACUUUCGGUAAUCGAUGAUUACGUGUAAUACUUGUUCCAUGUCGAAGGAGGAGCUAUUGUAAAUUUUUGUGUAAGUUCCGGCGGCAAUUGUACUUUUGCAAAUUUGUAAAAACAAAUGAAUAAUCAUAAAAAUAGCAACAGAAACCGAGUAGCAAUCAAUAAAAAUUUCUUAUAUUAUGUAAGCAUAAAUCAAAGCUUUCUCUGCUUAUUUUUGUACAGAAAAAUUGAUAUAUUUAAAAUUAGUAACUCAAAAAAAAACAAAAAAAUGCAACAUCACGUAGUUCUAAAAACAAAAAAAAUAUUCUUUUCAAAGAAAUAAUAAUAAUAAUUUGUGAUAAAUAAUUUUCUACCGAAAAGAUAAAAUUUGAAUGAAACGAAGAUAUGCAAUUUUUUUAUUGGAACGAGAGAAGCAAAUAAAAGCACAAAGUCUGAAUAAUGGAAUCUGUUCAUAACAAAACAAAAAAAACCCAAGCAGAAAGAGUGACGACUCUAUAAAUACAAAUUUUGAUAAUAAUAAUUCAAAAGGAACUUAGUGAGUAGAAAAAAAGAUAAAAAAAGUAUAAAAUGUAGAGUUGUAAAUUGAUUUGAAUAUUUAAGAUAAAAUUGAAAAUAAAUUUAUAACUUUUAUGAUGAUAUUCUGUAAAAUAUUUAGGAUAAAAUAUAAUAUUAUAAAAAAUAAUGUACAUUCUUUUGGCUAUGGAAAAAUAAUAGUCCAAAUGGAAUGGAUUUUAUGUAGAAAGGAUAAAUAUUUUUCAAAAUAAUUUAGAAUAAAAAUACUGU